UCAAAAUGUGCCUUGCAUGCAGUACGGAGAAUACCAACAAGCAACUAUCUUUCAGUCUCUAAUACAAGAUCGCUUUUCCUGUUUUCAUUUACUGCACCUCAGCACUUGCCAGUCUAUACCAAAUAUAUUUCAGUUUUUUCAGCUACAAACCCAUCCAUAUCUUACUUCCAUUCAUCUGCACAUGUAUCUGAUAUUUCUUCUAAAUCAACAAAAGGCUCCAAGAUCAAAGCUCAGCUCAAGAAUUUAGAAAUUACAGCACCAGAGAUCUUGGUGAUUUCUGAUGCUGGAUUGUCACUGGGGAUCAUGACUGUUGCUAAAGCCAUGACACAGAUGGAUGUUCUUACUCAAGAUUUAAUACUAAUCAACUCUAAAAAAGAACCUCCAGUUUGCAAAAUAGUUUCUAAAAACCCACCCAAACCAACACCAUCUCAUGAAUCCAAAUCUGUUACAGCAUCAAAAGACUCGAGUCUUGAUGCAACGAACGAUACACGAGCCAAUGCAUUGAACCAGCCAACAAAGAAAGCUAAACCAACAAAAAAACGAUCUGGAAUAGUAGAAAAGGAACUUGAAAUCAACUCCACCAUUGACCAGCAUGAUUUUCAAAUCAAGAUGAAUAAAGGCAGAGAGUUGCUGGGUAAAGGAUAUCGACUGAAACUGACAGUCACCGAACGAGGCAACCGAGAAAGCACGAAUAUUGUGCAAUCGAUUCUAGAAAGACUUGCCGAGGACGGCAAGCUCAAGAACGCACCAACUGCUUCUAAAAAAAAGAUUAUUUUUAUACUAGAUUCCAAAAAACAAUAA